AUGAAAGAUCUGGGCGCCGUGAAAUAUUUUUUGGGGCUUGAAGUGGCACGUAGUAAACAUGGUUUCUAUGUGUGCCAACGUAAGUAUGCUUUAGAUAUUAUUUCUGAGACAGGGUUACUAGGAGCAAAGCCGACAGACUUUCCGAUGGUGCGAAAUCACAAACUUGCUUUAGCAGAGGGGAAAGAGUUCGCAGAUGGUGAACGAUAUAGGCGAUUGAUUGGUCGCCUUAUAUAUUUGGUAGUCACAAGGCCGGAUUUGGCUUAUUCGGUGCAUAUUUUGUCACAAUUUAUGCAAUGUCCGAAAGAGGAAUAUUGGGAGGCGGCAUUGAGAGUAGUUAGAUACUUGAAGAAAUGUCUGGGUCAAGGCAUUCUUUUGAGAUCAGAUAGUGCAAUACAAUUGGAAGGAUGGUGUGAUUCAGGUUGGGCGAGUUGUCCUUUGACUCGUAGGUCGUUGACCGGUUGGUUUGUAUUGCUUGGGUUGUCACCUGUCCUGGAAGACUAA